CUUAGGCAUGACUACUUCCCUGGCAACCAGCGAGUCCCUAGCAACCACCCGAACAAAUAAGCUGAAUAAUGGCAAAGAUAAUCGGUGCCAAAAAGUCACUGUGGCAGCAAGUGUGUGAAGAGUUUGAAGCUGAGCAGCCCAGUCCUCCCAGUGCAAUGUGGACAGAUAACAGCUCAGUGAGCACCCAGUUCUCCCAGUACAGCGCCAGCACACACUCCCCGGUCUUCUAUGGUCUCACUACAGCCAAGGUGUUUGUGGAUGAUGAUCCCCUGAAAGACUUUGACCCUCUUCUUUGCCACCCUGCUCUCGCCGGCUACUCUGUGUUGGGAAAAGCUCGUCCUUCAAGCCAGAAGCGCCUGACAACAGUGGAAACUACAUCGGCUCCACAAGUACCUGAACGUCCUGUCACACGUUAUUUGGAGAGGAGAGUGUUUCCAGCGUUGUUGCCUGGACUGGAGGCUUUGUUGAGAGAAGCCCGGAAACACGGCUGUUUCGAGAGAAAAAUAACAGCAUUUAACCCAUGUGACUUUCUAACUGAGUGGCUUUACAACCACAACCCCUGCAGGCAAGGACAAGUGGCAGUGAACUUCCAGGAAAUCCCUUUUGUGAAAGACUGGCUCAGCGUGCAUCCUAGGCCUCCCCUCCCUCUGUUUCUGCUGCUGAGCGAGGAUCAGGCUGCUCUUAUCAUCCAGGCUUUCUGGAGGGGAUAUAAGACCAGGGCACGGCCAGAUGUGCAGGAGCUGCGCCAAUGGCAGAAAGAACUGAGAGAGAACCGUGACAUUGCCAAAACUGUUGAGCACUUCUGGGCCCAACAAGAGAGCCGAGUGGGCUCUGCCAUGUCAGAUCUUCCAGAAAGCCCCCAGCCCGGCAACUCCGAUGUGUCCAUCCAGGUUGUUUCCCCGACCCCCCAGAGCACCGUGGUCCACACCCCCACCACCCAGAUGACCCCUGAGGGCGGCGAGUGGCUGACCCCCAGCAUGUGCAGCAGGGAGAAAAUGGCCUCCACGACAUCACCAGUGACUGAUUUCUUGGCGGUAUCCGAGUCGUGUGACAAAAAUCUGACUGCAGUGUCUCCGUCUUUACUAGGAUCUAAAAACCUGAGCUAAACGGUGCUACUGCUAACUGAAAUCAUUAACUGUGUGCAAGGUUUCCCUGUUGUUUAAAGGCUAUUAAACUCUGUUAGGUUGAUGUCAGACUGACCGAAGUGAUCAGUCAAACAACCAUUGAAAACGCCUGUAACCAAUUGGAUAUGGCCAGGCAGGGAUUUAUGGUCUGAGAUCCAUGUCUAAUUAGUUGAUUGCUUUUAUUGCCUUUUUGAUUGAUCACCUCUCUUUAUGAGUCUCACGCAACAAAUGAACAGCAUAUUAGCACGGCUCACAUAUUAUACUACCUCUUGUAACAGACGUAAUAUUUCCUCUCAGCACCUCUAGCCUAUGGCUCACUGGAAGAUAACCAAAUUGUGUUUCCUCGCCUUGUCAUUUCCUUUUUCCUUAGCAAUACAUAUCACUCCACAAAAGAGGUUAUAGCAUUUCCAUUCAAGACAGGAACUGAGGCCAGAGUGAAAGGUGACUCAGCGUGCAGAACAACACUUUCUAUCCUGUUUAUCAGAAAAGGAAAUGAUCCUGUCAGGGAGAAUGAAAAAGAGUGUUUAAAAACAUCAUAUUACUGCUCUGACAGAGCUCACUAACAAGUAUAAUUCCAAUAUUAUCCCUAGAUCUUAUUGUUUUACAAGUGAUAUUAACCCUGUUAUAUAUCUCCUGACAUUAUGUGGACUGAAUGUUAUCUGCAGUAAGGAAACCUUAACAUUAUACGCUAAUAUUUUAAACAUUACCAUGUGUAUUUUAUGGAAAAGCUGCUUAAUGUCAAAGAGAGAAUAAAGAAACAUUUAGUCUGCAAACUUGUUUGUUUGGAUAGAAAGGUUGUGUGAUGGUUUGAGGCAUGAGACUAUCAGAAAUUAAAAAAAAUUCUGUAUGAUCUUUGAAUGUGCUUUGUACAUAUUGUAUAUUAUUGUUGAUGAUUCCCUCAUGACAGCAAAUGUAGAAUAUUUUCCUGAUAUGGUUUUAGUCUGCGUGAUGUACCUAAAGCUCAGACAUUUUGCAUUUUGACCCUGCUGAAUCCAGCACCUUCAGCUGUCUUUUUUUUUGACCUGGUAGCAAUUAAACAUCAACUUAAAUGUCACAUAUCACCCAUGGAAAGUUCAAUUUGUAAAAAAGAAAAUUCAGCUGCUCAAUUGACUCUGCUGUUCUUUACUCUCCUUGGUGCAAACUUAAAAGACUUAUUAUAAUAUAGGUUAUAACUGUCUUCUCCAGACUGUGUGUCAAUUAAACUGAGAACAAAGUGCA